AUGGCGACCACAGAGUCAGAAAGUGUGGCUGCAGCUGAGCUGGAAACCGGGCAGAAUGGUAUACUGACGCUUUCCUUUUGGGAUUCAGAGUCUGUGCUAAUUCCUGGGAAAGCAAUAUUUACAUUACUGCAGCCGCCGAAAGUACGGACGGGACCUUUUUCGCAGACCUUCGACUCACCAACAACCGUCCACAUGCCUCCAACUACACGCGAUAUUCCUCCAGUAACACUGACAAACAUCACGCACGUUGACGUAGCCGAGUUUAGUUCUUAUAUAACACAGUUUAGUGCAAUAUACGAACAAUUGCAAAGAUUGCGGGAGAGCGAAGAUGGAACGACCAAGAAGUUUUACAGAAGAAACGUAUGCACAAACGACUCAACUACCGAUGACAACCACUUGCAGCCGGGACAACAGCCAUCGGUAUCAAAGAGAGGUCUCGCCUCUUCGGUUUCUUGUCUCUCGCAGUUAGAAGUGCCUAGUGUCACUGGAAAAUCUAGCAGAUUUGCAAGAAGAGCAACCCAGGAACCACCUCCAUUGUCGACUAUACCUCGUGUAUAUUUCGACAAGGAUUUUCACUUACAAAACCCUCGCACAUUUGACGUAGUCAGUGAGAGAUCGGAGGUUGUUCAACCAAUGGGCCUAGAAACCGAGAAUGCGGCGAUGCCACGAAAAGCUCUUGCAACAAACGCGAUAUUGCAGGACAAAAUGUCCUGGUAUCUGGACAUAACCGAAAUGUACUUGAUAUCAUCCAUUUCAGUUGCCGCCACGGCCUUCUUCGCUGCACUGGGCUCACUAUGGGAACUUCACUUAGAAGCCGCCCGCUCUGUAGAGCAAACCAAAGCCCUCCGGGAAGAGAUUGAGGCUUUGGAUAAAGAGAUUUCAACAAGCGGGCUCCAAAUUGUUCAGAAACGCCGGAGGCGCCAGAACCUCCAACCGCUACACGAUGCAGUCCUGCAGCUAAAACACGUUGUAGAUGGUGUUGCCACCUGCAAGACUCUUGUGGACAACGGAGAAGUUGAGAAGGCUUUAGAGACCAUCGACUCUCUCGAGAGUAUCAUGGCAGGCAAGUCAGAUUUAGAGACACCGCUAAAAAUAGAUGGACGUAACUUCCCGUUGAGAGAUCUUAGAGCCGUACCUGCGCUUCAAGGCGUCCGGGAUGAUUUGAACAAGCUUCGAAACCGAAUCGGUAAGGCUUUUGAAACAAGAUUUCUCAGUUUUCUUAUGGGAGACCUACGGCGUCACUCUGAUGCUGUCUCUGCGGAAGAGGUUCUUGUGCGCUGGGCCGCUGCUUCAGCACGGUCUCGGGGUGGCCGUGUACAGAAGCAUUCCGUCCUUCCAUCCUAUAUUAACUCAACAGAUGGUCUACGGUCAGAGCUACUGGAGAUCCUGACCGGCUUGCAUCGAGCACGAUACCUCACUACUGCUGUCUCCGCCUACAAAGAGGGUGUACUAAGAGAAAUUGCCAAUCUUGUUCGGCGGCCGCUUCCUCAUUCCAACAAUGAUGACAAUGAUUCAGUGAUGUCUUCAUCGACCAUGACUAGUAAAUCGUCCCAGCAACACAAGUCCUCUAUUCUAGGUCAUAACCUACGGGCUCUUGGACCAGAAGACGCCGAAGAACUGUUCAUCGGAAUUUACAUGAGCGUCACUGAGACGCUGAGGAGAUUUUCCACGCAAGUCAAGAUCUUGUUGGACAUUACCAGCUCGUUAAGCCAUAAUUCUGGCCACAGGAUAGAAUUCUCUGAAAUGGAAUCAUUAACGACUAGCACCGCCGCCAAGAAAUCUUCCAUUUCGGCAACCCUUGAAGUAGAAGAAAUCCAUGAAGUGAUUGACCUACAAAAUCUCCUAGGCCAAGCCGUGGAUAUCGCACAGGAGAAAGUUGCCAAGCUUCUCCGGGUACGUUCAGAACGAAUUACAGAUCUAUCACUAGUUUGGUUCCUCCGAUAUUUUUCUUUGAACCUUCACUUUGUGAACGAGUGCGAAUUAAUCUCUGGGCGAUGUGGCACACCGCUUAAUGCAGUCAUCAAUGAGCAAAUUAAAAUCUUUGCGCAGCAGCAUGACAAAGCAGAACAGCAAAAGCUUGCUCAGGGCAUGGAAUCAGACCAAUGGUACGCAACAUACGUUUCCGAGAGAGACAUGGCCGAGCUCAGUAGGAUUCUGUCCUGUACCAAGGAGGACCCUGCUGAAUGGUCAAAUACUCUCAAACUCUGGGUUCGAUGUGCAGAUGAGCACAAUCGGUCCGAUGAGGCUGCUGAUCCGCCACUCAAAGCCGAUGGGAAAAUUAGAUCUGUGUCCAUCGACGAGGAAGAAUUCGUCCUUCCUCACUCUGCAAUUGUUUGCAUGAAUGGGGUGGCCCAUUUCUUACAACUAAUAGUUGGCAUCCCAUCGAUGACUGGAGACAUCGGGGCUUCACUAGUGUCCUAUCUCGAGCUUUUUAACAAACGCUGCGCACAACUUAUCUUGGGGGCAGGAGCAAGACAAUCUGCGGGCUUAAAGAACAUCACCUCGAAACAUCUAGUUCUCGCAUCACGCGCACUGGGAUUUAUUGCGACACUGAUCAGUCAUAUUACCGGGUUUGUGAGGCGCCAUGCUAGAAGUACUGAUGUUGCCCCAACUCUCGUGCAUUUCGUUGAACUGAGACGCCUUUACCAAGAGCACGUGGAUAGCCUUCAUGCCAAGAUUGUCGAAAUCAUGAGUCGCCUAGCUGCCUCACACGCAAAGACCAUGAGAAAUAUUGAUUGGGAUGACAGCCAGACCAACGUGCAUCCACACAUGGCGACAUUGGCCAAAGACACCAUGUCGUUGCAUCGUAUCCUGACGAAAACUCUGCCAGAAGCAACUAUUCUAAGGCUGAUGGAUUUAGUAUUUAGCAGCUACAAGGAUCAGCUCGGCACAGCGUUCCGGGACGUAGAUCCCAAGACCGACAUAGGACGGGACAGUAUGCUACGCGACAUUGAGUUUUUCCAAACCAAACUCGGUGGUAUUGAUGGGUGCAGUGAAGCUGGAGGAUACCUGACUGCAAUUGUCAAAUCCAAGCUAGUGAAGGGAGUAACCAUGGCCGGCACCGAAUGA